GCAGCUCCUUGUGGGCUCAGACCAUGGCUGUCCUGUUACUGGUGCUGCUACUGUGCCUCCCCACCUUUCUCCUGGGACUCCUUAUCUGGACCAUCUGUAAGCAUUUCCUCACCAGAGAUGUACCCUCUACCUUGGAACAUCCUGUCAAGUUCAGAAUUCUGGAUUGCGUGUUUAUAUAUGUGAUCACUUUGGGAAACAUACUAGAGAAGCUGAGAAUUUCCUCCAUGCCCUGCUUUGCUCGUUUUGUACAGGACAGAUUGUUCCUAAAGAAAAAGGACUCUAAAGUGGUGAUUACAGACCUGCACUUUGGAACAAUCCCUGUGAGACUGUUUCAGCCCAAGGCAAUGUCACACUGCUCAAGGGGAGGCAUCAUUUUCUACCAUGGAGGAGCUGCGGUAUUGGGCAGCUUGGAUUUUUACCAUAAUGUGUGUCUUUUCCUUGCCCUGGAGACAAAUUCUGUGCUGUUGUCUGUGGGGUACAGGAAGCUUCCUGAUCACCAUUACCCUGUCAUUACCAAGGACUGUCUAAACACUACCAUCCACUUCCUGAAGAGACUGGAAACCUAUGGUGUGGACCCUUCCCGGGUCGUGAUCUGUGGGGAAAGUGCUGGAGGAGGGACGGCAGCCCAGAUUAUCCAGAUUUUGGUGGACCGAAAAGACCUUCCCAAGAUCCGGGCUCAAGUUCUGAUUCAUCCAAUCAUCCAGGCCAUCAAUUACCAGUUACCAUCCACACAGCAGAACCAAAAUGUGCCAUUCCUCACCCGAGACUUCAUGUUGAUGUGUAUUUGUAGAUAUAUGGCCAUUGACCUCUCCUGGAAAGAUGCCAUGCUGAAUGGUGCUUGCAUACCUCCAGAAACCUGGAAGAAGUACAGGAAAUGGCUCAGCUCUGACAAUAUCCCCAAGAGAUUUAAGGACAAAUACAAGGAACCCCAGUUUCCCGGGCCUUUUAAUGAGUCUGCCUAUCUGGAAACCAAACAUCUGUUUGAUGUAGAAAAUUCCCCCCUGUUAGCUGAUGAUCAAACCAUUGCUCAGCUCCCUGAGGCUUUUCUAGUGAGCUGUGAGCAUGAUGUCCUCCGUGAUCACACCUUGCUCUACAAGAAGCGCUUGGAAGACCAAGGGGUCCCUGUGAGCUGGUACCAUGUGGAAGAUGGCUUUCAUGGAUGCAUACUUCUAUUUGACAGGCAGCCUUUCUCUUUCUCAUGCUCCCAGAAAGUUGUAAAUGCUGUAGCCAGUUACAUAAAGGGCUUAUGACAGUAACACUGGCGCCAUGAGUAGCGUGAGGCCAGCAUACCUCUGCCAUAGCCUGGGUUUUUGUUUAGUUCUACUUUACAGAAGUAGAUUCUAAUCUACCAUGGCCCAGGCAGGGAGGCUAAGUGGGAGUGAAGAACUGUCUAGCUUUAACUUCAAGAAAACACAAACUUGUUUCCUUUUAGUAUUACCAGAAUUCUGUUUUGCAUGUAGCUAUAUUCCCUAACACUUAGAAAUAAAUAUCAAUGGAGAAGAAA